CAUGAACUUACUAGAGGAAAUCUAAUAAGAAGUAAUAUUCUUGUUUGUAUCAUUUGUAUAGAUUACUAAUUACUUUCCCAAACUUACUAAUAAGUUACAAGAAUUAGGACAAUCAACAAUAACAAUUCAAUAACCAAACACUGCCUUAAAAGGAAUUCAAAUAAUCAUUUCAGUCCUCGACGAUUUAUUUGGGUAUCUUCAAUUGAUAUAUCUCUAGAAUUCUAUUAGAAAUACACACUUAAUAUACCUAAUUAGAAGAAUAAUUAUAAAAGUCUGAAGGAGAGUGCAGAUCUCAUAUAAGGGUAUCAAACUCUAAAAUUACAUUAGACAGAGCAGAGACUGAAAAUUCAUUGUGAAAACAUUUAAGAACUCUACGAAUAGUAACUAAAUAUAGAGAAGGAUCAUAAAGCGUAAAUAUUGGUAUAAAUGAUUACUCAUGUAUUCCUUAGAGUUAUUAAAAAGAGAUUACCUAACUAAAGAAAGAUAUUGAGGAUAACAAACACUAGAAGAAUCAGCAAUUGCAACAAAAAACUUAAUCAAUUAUAGACAAAAUAUUGUUGGAUCAAUAGAAAUAAACCAUUCAACUUGAUAUGAAAUCCAGAUCAAAUACAUUCCAUAACAACUUCAUGAAUCUCAAUUAAUAAAAAUAAUCUAUGUGUCUUAAAACAAAUACCAGAAAAAACAGAAUGGUUACUGAAUACUAGGAUUAUCAAACAAAGUAAAUAUUGUAAGUAUACUACCAGUUCUAAAUAAUCGAUCGAAGAGAAACAAUAUUCAUCUCUUGAGAAAAUCUAGGAAUUGGCAACCCUUUACUCUCGACCAAAAUCUAGAUUGUAAGAUAAUAUAAACAAAAAAUCUGUUACUUUGCAUGUCGCUUAAAUGAAAGUCAAAUAAGUAAAAAAAACUUGA